GCGUUUGCUCAUCUACAUCAUGUCUGCCGUCGCCGAUGAUGCCAUUAAAAAGGUCUUUGUGGAACUCCAAGCAAAGUACAUCUCCAGUACACAACAGGUGAACCAGGUCAAGAGUCAGAUCCAAGCCAAGCAGAGAGAACGCAAGAUGGCCGAGUUGACACGUCGCGAACUUGAUGCUCUUGAUUCAAACACAAAGACAUACAAACCAGUAGGAAAAAUGUUCAUCCAAUCUCCACUUUCUGAGAUGAAGUCUCAGUAUGUAAAUGCAGUCGCAGGUGCUGAUGAGUCUAUCCAGCAGCUCGAGAAAUCACAAAAAUAUUGGGAAAGAGCAGCAUCUGAUGCACAGGGCAACCUCAAAGAUAUUCUUCAAGGGCCACGAACCAUGUAAAAGUCCAGCAUAAUAAGCUGGAGUAUAGGAUGUAUAUACAUAUACAUGUUACAUAAGUCAUAAAUAAACCAAGACAAGAAACAAAGCAAUAUAACU